UUGAGAGCCUUUAAUAGUGAGUUCAUUGCCUCUAUAAAUAGUAGAAGUAGAAUACUUUUUCACUUGUAACUUGUAAGUGCCACUCCUUAAGAAAGAAAGUACUACUCUUUAAAAAUUGAAGUAGUUUGAUAGAAAAAAAUGGGUCAGGGAAGUGGCAGUGCAAGGCUAGGUUUGGCCAUUGGGGUUACCAUUUUAAGCCUAUUUGCACUUACCAACCCUAUUUUGGCUGCAACUUACACUGUUGGAGGAGCUGGGGGUUGGACCUUUAAUGUCAACAAUUGGCCUAAUGGCAAGUCCUUCAAACCUGGUGAUGUUUUAGCAUUCAAUUAUGAUAAGACAGUACACAAUGUGGUAGCAGUUAGUAAGAGAGGUUAUGAUAGCUGCAAUUCACCCAAAGGAGCUAAAACUUACCAAACUGGAAAGGACAGAAUCAAGUUGAACAAAGGUGCUAAUUACUUCAUCUGCACUAUUCCUACCCAUUGCCAAUCUGGAAUGAAGAUUUCUAUUAAUGCUGCUUAAUUACUUCUUUUUAAUUAAUUAAUGCUUCUAAUUAUUUUAAUUAGCGCGAUAAACUAUCUUUAUUAAUGUUAAGCUAGCCAGUAGCUUGUAAAACUCAUUAUGUAUCCUUAAGUACUACCAAGGAUUUGGUUCAACUACCUUAUGAAUCAUGAUCCAUGUUUCGAUUUUGCUUCGUUC